AUGAGAGUAUUUUCAAAACCUAGACCAGUAACUUCUGGCGAGAAUGCAUUAUACAGGUUGGAAACUGUACGAGAUGAUGAUUGGGAUCUUUUGAUUUGGAUUUCUUCUCAGUUGAGCUGGGAAAUUUACGCAUAUUUAUUUAUUGUGAUUUGGAAUAAUACAAAAUUUGGAGAGGAUAGAAAAAGAGAUUUUAAAGAAGAAACAACGUUGAUGAUCAGUUAUGUUCGAAAAUUAAAUAAAAACAUGUGUAUUGAUGAUAAUAGAACUAAGAGUUUUAUAAAUCUUUUUAGUGAUUAUCAAAAUUAUCGUCUUAAUGGAUAUGACAUAUACAAAAGGAACCUCAUAACUUCUGUUUUGGAUAAACUUGAAACACGUGGAUUGAAGCAUAGAUAUGAUUUUUAUGAACAACUGAAAAUGUUACCAAUGAAGCAAAAAGAAAAACUUCGAAACAUAGUUCUCGAUCGGAUGAAAGCAUUGAUUGAUAUAGCUCAGCCAGAUGACAAAUUGCUUAUAUUUUCGGGAAAAGAUGACGACAGUAACCUAAAAGAUGAGUUGAAUGCUUUGAAAAAUGAAAAUGAUGCCCUUCGUGAACAAAUUAUCGAACUGCAAAAAGAGAAUUCAAAAUAUCAAGCAGCGCAUGGAAAUUUGACCAACCUUGGUUUUAGUGACGAAGAUCCGAAUAACAUUGUCAAGUUAGAUAAAGAUAUUAAACAUUUACAAGAUUUACUUGGUGAUUUGACACUCAUUUGUCCUGAAUAUGAAAUUGACGUUACCAAGUGCAAUGAACUUUUGUCAUUUUAUAAAUGCAAUGUUGAAAUUGACAGUCGACAUGGAAAAAAAGUUCUAUCUGCAGCACUUCAACGACUGACUAUUGAAACAAUUAUCGACGAGACAAAAAAUUAUUUUCUCAUAAAUGGUUCUGCUAUUGAAGUUAAUUUGGUAGCCAAGACAAAAGAAAUAGUAGAUAUGACAAAUUCGUUCACAAAAAAAUAUGCCGAAAACGAUGAAAUUGCUAAAGCUAUUCCGAUUAAAAUUCGCCAACAAGUUCAUUCUAUGCUUGGAUGUUAUGCUUUCUCGUACGAUGACCAUCUAUUACUUACAGAAAUUUCAACAAAAGUUCUUGAAAAGUUGGAACAAUAUCGAAAAAUUAUCGAUAGUGACGAAGAUAACGAAAUCAUACAAAUAAUUCGUGGAAUUAUUCAACUCUUUUUUUACCGACUUGAAGUUCAUCCGAUUAUUCCGACAUAUAAAUUUUACGAAAAUGGUACCGAAAUGAAUCCCUUAUUCAUGGAAAGUGCAGGUACAAAGUCUAAAGAUAUGAAAAAGUUAGAAGUAGAAAUUUGUUAUUUCCCCGCAAUCGCAGUUUUUGACACUAUUGAAGAUAAAUCAGACAAUGUUUUUUCCAAAGCUCUGAUAAUUCCCAGAGUUAAAAGUAAUAAUAGUAUUUCAUCAGAAACUGCUAUUACUACUUCAACUGAAUAG